CAUGGACAGCUCACCUGCGACAUGUACCUGCUUCGCCUCCCUGCAAACAACUUCCAUUGAUCACUUUUCCUACGCGAGAUCGCAUAGCGAUGAUCCUACGAAUAGCAGCGUAACCGACAAACACAAUUCCCGCGAUCAUGGCGACACGAGCAGAGCGGUACAAGGAAGUGCCACAGUCGGCUCAAGAGCGCCGAGCUGGCGAGAAUGCACUCAGCGACUUCGCCGACUAUGUCAAUAAGCAGCAAGCGCUACGGCGCCCGCCGAUCAAUGGGCCGGAGAAGACGAACGGCGCAUCCAAAACCGAACAUGCAGAGCUCGACAUUCUCGACACAUUAGAUCUCGGAGACGACAAGCCCAAAGUACGGCUAAAACACCUUCUGCUCGAUGUCGAUGAUGCGACAAAGGAUGAGAGUACGAAGCAGCUCGAAGCUGUCAUCAGUACGCGACUAGAUGAGGGGCACAAUGAGUGCUUGUUCGAUGUCGGAUUGGAGGACAAUGGCGACAGCCAGCAAUUGACCGAGCAGGAAUGGGAUGCUGCUCUCGCGCGGCUGCAGGCCAUCGCCACCAAGCUCAAGGCCGAUUGGAAGGUAUUGAUGACCAAAAACGUCCCAAAUAGCCCAGUCGACGUGGGCAAUGAGAACAAGAAAGAGCGAGGAUGUGUGGGUAAGAUCAUGAUCAGACGGCGACCUACCGAUGUCGAUGACCAGAUUGAGACCCGUAUCGCUGUGGUGGGCAAUGUCGAUGCAGGCAAGAGCACGUUACUCGGUGUGCUGGUUAAGGGCGGGCUGGAUGAUGGUCGUGGCAAGGCACGGGUAAAUCUCUUCCGGCAUAAGCACGAGAUUGAAUCUGGUCGCACAUCGAGUGUGGGCAUGGAGAUUAUGGGAUUUGACACCAAAGGCGAGGUCGUGGUUUCUGGAGUACCUGGCCGAAAGUUGAGCUGGGAGGAGAUUGGAAAGAGAAGCGCCAAAGUCAUCUCGUUCACAGACUUGGCCGGGCACGAGCGCUACCUACGGACAACGGUCUUUGGACUGUUGUCCAGCGAGCCCAAUUACUGCCUGCUUAUGGUAGCGGCGAACAAUGGCCUGAUCGGAAUGUCGAAAGAGCACCUCGGCAUUGCCCUGGCUCUGAAUGUACCAGUCAUGGUCGUCAUCACCAAGAUCGACAUCUGCCCGCCUCAGAUCCUGCAGCAGACCAUCACCCAGUUGACCAAGAUCCUCAAAUCUCCGGGAGCACGCAAGAUACCUAUCUUCAUCAAGAACCGCGAGGAGUGUAUCAACACUGCUACACAGUUCGUUUCUCAGAGGAUAUGCCCAAUCUUCCAAGUCUCCAACGUCACAGGCGAAUCGCUGGAUUUGGUUCGAGAAUUCUUGAACAUCCUGCCACACCACGGCAAGUACGACGUGGAUGCUCCUUUCGAGUUCCACGUCAACGACACCUUCUCGGUUCCAUUCGUUGGUACUGUGGUCUCCGGUGUCGUGAAGUCGGGCAUCGUCCAUGCUGGCGACACCGUCAUGGUUGGACCGGAUGGGCUGGGCCAAUUCACCACGACUACAGUUCGCUCCAUCGAACGAAAACGCAUAAGCACUCCCGCUGCCACCGCCGGCCAAAGUGCUUCGUUUGCACUUCGACGAGUGCGACGCAAGGACGUGCGGAAAGGAAUGGUAGUCCUGCUGGCCAAAUCCGAUGCAAAUCCGCAUCUCGAGGCUCCAAAGCCACAGGUCUACCGCGAGUUCGUUGCAGAGGUCCUUAUCCUUUCGCACGCUACCACCAUCCGGACCAAGUAUCAGGCCAUGUUGCAUGUCGGUCCUGUGAGCCAGACCUGUGCCAUCAUCGACAUCGACCGAGACUACAUCCGAACUGGUGAUCGAGCUACAGUGGCUUUCCGCUUCGUCCAACGUCCAGAGUUCUUAGCUGUUGGCGACAGGAUACUGUUCCGUGAGGGACGUACCAAAGGUCUUGGUAUCGUCAAGGCUGUUGGGUACGAUCCGUCGAAACCUCUGAACCCGGACCCGGCGAAGCAGAAUGAGACACCGAAAAGCGAGCCAGUUGAAUCGAAAGGCUCGACAUCUAAGGCUGCGUAAGCACCGUUGAACUCGGAGCCAUUGGGUCUCGCCAAUCGCGGCCGCUAUUGUGGAUGAAUCUCUACACGCUGCGGUAGAUAUGCCUACGAAUAUGACAUGUUUCACGAUUGGGCAAUGCAUGGCGUUGGGGUGAUUUUGGGGUUUGAGGUCUGGCUGACCUCACAAUACAGGGACGAGUAGACUCUGUAUUUGUUCUUGUAGACAUGCUUACUACUUCUUCUUUGGAACCUUCUUCUUUGGACGUG